AUGGGCCCCUGUACCGCCUCCUCAUGCUGCUGCCAGGCCCGUAAUCUGCCAUGGGCCCCCGUACCAACUCCUCAUGCUGCUGCCAGGUCCGUAAUCUGUCAUGGGCCCCUGUACCGCCUCCUCAUGCUGCUGCCAGGUCCAGAGUCUCUCAUGGGUCCCUGUACGGCCUCCCAUUGCUGCUGUCUCCAUCGCCACACUCUGCCAUGUGCCACUUUCAGGUCUCCUCACACUGCUGGUGGGUUCCAUUUUUGUCAUAGGGUGCUGUAUGGCCUCCCAUUGCUGCUGCCUCCACCGCCACACUGUGGCUCCACCCUCUGGUUUUGGCCCCGUGACUGCCCAAAUGAGUGAAGUGUGCGGUGAUUCUAAGAUCGACGGCACUCAUCUGCAUGUCAUACUGACUGACAGUAUUAUUUCUCUUCCCCAGCAGACUCCAAGGGCAUUUCAAUUAAAGGUACAGUGUUCUGCACUAAUAUAA